AUGUCUUUUCUGAAAUUGUUAUAUAUUGAGCGCAAGUUUUUGAAGAUUCCAAUUUACAGAAGACAUUCUUGUCGACCAUUUAGUCAAGAACAUUUUAGUUCUGGAUUUUCAAAAGUCAAAAGCCCCAUUAAUGCGUAUUACAAUCAUUAUAUAAAUUUACCAUUGCCGAAAGAUAAAAUAUUAGCAACGUAUAUAUGGAUUGAUGGAAGCGGUAUAACAAUGCGUUCAAAAGAUCGAAUAUUGGACAGAGUUCCUUGCGACCUCGCAAUGGUGCCGAAAUGGUCUUUCGAUGGAAGUUCUACCGGUCAAGCAAAGACUCAAGACUCUGAUACAAUGUUGAUUCCCUCGGCUGUUUAUAGAGAUCCAUUUCGCAAAAGUCCCCAUGUGCUAGUUUUAUGUGAAACAUAUUAUGGUGAUGGAACCGCUACAGCAACGAAUCAUCGAGCAAAUUGUGCUAGUGUAUUAAGUAAGAUUUCAGAUGAAGAGCCUUGGUUCGGUAUAGAACAAGAGUACACUAUGUUUGAUUCAGAUAUGUGGCCGCUUGGCUGGCCAAAAUGCAGAGGGUACCCCUCGCCCAAAUCACUUUAUUCAUAUUGUGGAAUUGGUGAACAUGUCGCUGGGAGAGAGAUAGUAGAGUGUCACACUAGAGCUUGUGUCUACGCCGGAAUGGAUUAUGUAGGUUCUAAUGCAGAAGUAAUGAAAGGGUCAUGGGAGUAUCAGGUAGGAACAAGUUUAGGCAUUAAGGCUGCUGAUGAUCUUUGGGUGGGACGUUAUAUUUUAAAUAGAAUAGCCGAACACUAUGGUGUUAUAAUUAGUUAUCAUCCAAAACCGAUGGGAAAAGACCAGCCAGGUAUAGGUUGUCAUCAUAACUUUAGUGUAAAAAAAAUGCGCAAGGAUGGUGGUUUAGGAGAAAUAGAGAAAGCAUGCAAAUUAUUGUGUGAACAGCAUGCAAAAUUAAUUACGAAUUACGGCCUUAUGGACGGAGAAGAAAACAAAAAGAGAUUAACUGGUCAAUUCGAGACAGCAUCAUACGAUUCUUGUAGGUGGGCGGUAGCAGACCGCGGAGCUUCUGUAAGACUCCAGAGAAGUGUCGUAUCUAAUAAAAAAGGUUAUUUAGAAGAUCGACGUCCAGCGGGUGACUGUGAUCCUUAUAGAGUGUGCGCCCUUCUCGCAGAAACGUGCUUGUAG